AUGGCCAGCAGGAGGAAAUCCACCAUCCCAUGCAUGGUUCCUCCACAAGAAACUGUUGACUCGGAUCAGGAGAUGGACGACUUUGUGGCCACCGCCGCCGAUCCUGAGGACAGCAACGGGGCUGUGAGUUCGUCCGAGGUUUCUGCGCUGUUGGAGGAGCGAUGCGAAGACCCCAGCAUCGGACAAGACGUGCCGGCAGACCAGUACUUGGACUUGAGCAUGACAGAGGGAGGCUAUGAGUGCAAGUACUGCAGCUUCCAGACAUCUGAGCUCAACCAGUUCACCAUGCAUGUGGACACAGAGCACCCUGACGUGGUCAUCAACGCCUCCUACGUUUGCAUGGAAUGUGACUAUCACACGAAAAGUUAUGACUCCCUUCAGGCCCACAAUGCUCGUUUGCAUCCGGGCGAGGAAAACUUCAUGCGUACGAUGGUGAAGCGAAACAAUGAGACCAUCUUCCAGCAGACGGUCAAUGACCUGACUUUCGACGGCAGCUUCGUCAAAGUGGAGGACGACGAGGCAGAGGAGACGUCCCGCAAAGCCAUCCCCCUCAGCAAGACCCCCAUCAUGAGGAUUAAGAGCAGACCGGAGCACAAGAAGUUCGCCACCGCUCACAGAAUGACUGUAGACGACGUCAUCAAAGUUGAAAGCGACGAUGACGACGACGAAGACUACGAUGAAUACAACAAAGAGCCACCCACGCUGUCGCCCGCCCCGAUGACCCCCGCCGCCCCGUGUCUCAUCCCCGUGUCCGCACCGGUGCAGGUUCAGGCAGUCCCGCAGAGCAUCGUGGUGAACAGCGCCAACAUGCUGCAGAUCAAAGGCGCCUCCGGCGGCAGCAGCGCCGUCCUGCCCUCCGGCACGCUGGCCCAGGUCCUGUCGGCGCUGCAGAGCCAGCAGAGCAGCAGCCAGACGCAGCUGCUGAUCCCCAUCAGCAGCAUCCCCACCUACAACACCGCCAUGGACAACAACGUCCUGCUGGCCAGCGCCUACAACAGGUUUCCGUAUCCCUCUGUGUCUGAGAUCAUGGGCUUAUCAUCACAGACCAAGUUCAGUGAGGAGCAAAUCAAGGUCUGGUUUUCUGCGCAGAGGCUGAAGCACGGAGUCAGCUGGACGCCUGAGGAGGUGGAGGAGGCGAGGAGGAAAAAGUUCAACGGCACGGUGCAGACCGUCCCUCAGACCAUCACCGUCAUCCCCGCCAACCUGGCUGCAGCGGCCAACGGCCUGCAGUCCAUCUUCCAGACCUGUCAGAUCGUCGGACAGCCGGGCCUGGUCCUCACUCAGGUGGCCGGCAACGGCAGCGCGGUGCCCGUGGCCUCGCCCAUCACCCUCACCGUCGCUGGGGUCCCCGGCAACCAGCCCAAAGCGGCGGAACCGUCGGCGUCCGAGUCCAACACCGAGAUCUCGGCGUCAUCGACCAGCACGCCACUCGGUCUGGAUGCCACAGCCACCAAGCCCAAAAAGUCGAAAGAGCAGCUGGCCGAGCUGAAGGCCAGCUACGGCCGGAGGCAGUUCGCCACCGAGGCAGAGAUAUCCCGGCUCAUGCAGGUCACCAAACUCUCCAAACGAGCCAUAAAGAAGUGGUUCAGCGACACGCGCUACAACCAGAGGAACUCAAAGGACCAUCACAGCCUGCUUCUGAGCGAGAGCCCAGGCGGCAGAGCUGCCGUGGCGGGGGGCGGCCGAGGAGGCCGGGCCAGCCUCGCCGGCCUCAGCGAGAGCAUCAGCAGCGACCCCGCCCCGACCAUCAUCAUCGACUCCAGCGACGACGCCAGCGACUCCUCCCCGACCUCGGGCUUGUCGGGACCCCUGAGCGACCCACGGGUCAAAUUCCGCCACGCCUUCCCCGACUUCACGCCGCAGAAGUUCAAAGAAAAGACUCCUGAGCAGCUGUUCAUUCUGGAGGCCAGCUUCCAGAACUCAGACAGGCCCUCCGACGAGGAGCUGAACCGGCUGCGCGCCGAGACCAAGCUGACCAGACGGGAGGUGGACGCCUGGUUCAACGAGCGGCGGAAAGUGUCCCUAAAAGACAGCGACACCGAGGGGGAAGGGGACAAGGGCAGGGCGGCCGGUACGCCGCCCGCCUCUGGCCAGGAGGGCACUUCACCGGGCGGCAGGAAGGUGCUGAAGAAGACCCCGGUGCAGCUGCACAUUUUGAAGAAGGCCUUUGUCCGCUCACAGUGGCCGACAUCAGAGGAGUACGACCAGAUGGCGGAGGAGAGCGGCCUGCCCAGGCCCUACAUCGUCAACUGGUUCGGUGACACGCGCUACGCCUGUAAAAACAGCAACCUGAAGUGGUACUACCUCUACCAGAGUGGAAAGGUGGAUGAGGCGCUGAACGGCGGGGGAAAGGUUCAGAAGAAGUCCAGGAAGCGUUUCCGGGGAUGGUCCAGGAGGACACGCCGACCUUAUCCCUGCAAACGCUCGGCAGAGCAGGGCGCCGGUGUCAUCAAGGUCCGUGGGUACAUUGAACUUUCUCUACCUCUGAUUGCUGACACUGAUUCUGUCCGGCAGGUUAAGUCGGGUAAGGCCUUUCUGAAGGACUACUACCUCAAACACAGAGCCCUGAGCGAGAAAGACCUGGAUGACCUGGUGACAAAGUCCAGCAUGAGCUACGAACAGGUGAGAGACUGGUUCUCCGAGACCACCAGGAGGGUGGAGGAGGGCAAAGCGCCCUUCAGUGAGGAAGAGGAGGCAGAGGGGGAGGAGGAAGACGAGGUGGAGGAAGAGGGCGAGGAGGAAGAGGGAGUGGCGGCAGCAGAUUGUGGGGACAGUGAAGGAGAGAUGGAGGUGAGAGAACAAGGAGAAGAGGCGUGGGAUGAGGACUCUACGAGGGAGGAAAAGAAGGAGGGCCCCGACGAAGAGGAGGAUGACUCAGUCCAGGCGGAAUCUGAAGGUGGGAGCCAAUCAGAGCCUCCGGCAGAAGAGCAGACAUGA